GGUCAGGUGCAGGCCUGUUCGUAUGCUGCUGCCGCCAUCUUGGGUUGCAGGGCCUGUGCAGGCUUCUGCUCACCACAGGCGGAAUUGGGGUUCAGCAUAGCGGUUCUGCACCGGGAGCUGUAAUGUGAUGGGUUAGGUGCAAGGCCUCUGCAGAGUGUCCUAUACAGAUAAGCAAGUUGCAAGUUGGAGAGUCCUACAUGGCAAGAUAUUGAGGGUGGCUUCCUUGCAACAAUCAGCAAGGACAUGAAUGCCCUUAGUCCAGCAAUCUUUGAGGCAUUAAAUUCUACCAACAAUCAUAUAAUUGAGCUUGGAAAUGAAUCUUACCCCAUUUGAGUCUUCAGAUGAGAGACCCCAGCCUGGAUCAAUACCUUGAUUAUAGAUUUGUAGAACACCUCAAAGCAGAGGAUUCAGAUAAUCCAUGUCCAGAUUCCUGACCCACAGAAACUGUGAAACAAUAGAUGUGUGUUGUUUAAAACCACUAAGUUUGGGGCCCAGACAAAAGCUCUGAGUAAACUGAAUUCCUCUGCUUGUACGGAACUGACCAAUCUAACAAGAUGGCGGCUCCCACUGAGCCACAUAGCACGGGAGUGGCCAUAUUGCCUCCUGAACAAAGCCGCCCAGGGUGCAGAGUGGGUAAAACUCCGCUGUACGGAACAGUGCACGCCGGGGAGCCCCGCGCUUUGCUCACCCAGACAGGAAGCGGGAGAAUUCACCACUAUGGAUGUGACAGCUGUCUUGGAUUGAGCCGUGAUGGGCGUUUCUGGAACUGCAGAUCUAUUUUGACAAAGCUUAGAAUACCCCAUAUGAAACAGUAUCCCUGUGGCAGGAGUACUCAGUUUCUCUGAACCAGUUAAAUCUUGUCUACCUAACUCCUUGUGGGACUGAGAAGGAUUUACCAGACUGGUGAAUAUAGAAACUGCAUUUUGCAGCCCAUCUGUGAAAAUACCCUUCUGAUCACCAAUUUUGCCUUUUCAAGCAUCUGCCAUUUUAGAGGAGAGCAGAAAAAGAUGAAGUCCCAGGGAUUAGUAUCUUUCAAGGAUGUAGCUGUGGAUUUCACCCAGGAGGAGUGGCAGCAACUAGACCCUGCUCAGAAGACCCUGUACAGGGAUGUGAUGCUGGAGAACUAUAGCCACCUGGUCUCAAUGGGGCAUCCAGUUUCCAAACCAGAUGUCAUUUCCAAGUUGGAGCAAGGAGAAGAUCCAUGGAUCAUUAAAAGAGACAUACCAAAUUGGAUCUGUCCAUAUGAAGACCAGACAGAUGGGCGACUAGACAGGAAGAGUAACCUUGACAACCCCCAAUCAUGUAUUUUGGGGUCUGUUUCCUUACAUAAUAAGAUAUUGAAAGGAUUCACAAAGGAUGGUUCAUUAUACUCCAUUUUAAAAGUCUGUCAAAGUGAUGGCCAGUUACAGAGAUGUCAGAAAAACAGACUUUCCACAAAAGUAACAGUCAUCAACAACAAAACAAUGACUGUAGAGUCAGACUACAAAUAUGAGGCACUGAGGAAAAUAUUUCAAGAGUGCAUAGAGUCAGAUGCUUCAAGACAAAGACCCUAUAACUAUGAUGCCUUUAAAAAGAACUUGAAAUCUAAUAUUGACCUACCUAGUUGUAAUAAGAACAAUUCAAGAAGAAACCUUGAGGAGAGUUCUGGAUGUGGAAAAUCAUUCAUCCACAGUGUGGCAAAUUCUAACCUUGAGAAGAUUCACAAUGGAGUAAUUCCCUGUAAUGAUAUUGAGCAUGGAAACAUUUUCGGCAAGAAGCAAUCCAUUAUUCAUUAUCAGAAUGUUGAAACCAAGGAGAAAACCUGUGUGUGUGUUACAUGUGGAAAAGCCUUUGCUAAGAAGUCACAGCUCAUUGUACAUCAACGGAUUCAUACUGGGAAAAAACCAUAUGAUUGUGGUGCAUGUGGGAAAGCCUUCAGUGAGAAGUUUCACCUCAUUGUACAUCAGAGAACUCAUACUGGGGAGAAACCUUAUGAAUGCUCUGAAUGUGGAAAAGCCUUCUCUCAAAAAUCAUCUCUUAUUAUACAUCAGAGAGUUCAUACUGGAGAAAAACCAUAUGAAUGUAGUGAAUGUGGAAAAGCCUUCUCCCAGAAAUCACCGCUCAUUAUACAUCAGAGAAUUCACACUGGAGAGAAACCUUAUGAAUGUAGAGAGUGUGGUAAGGCCUUCUCCCAGAAGUCACAACUGAUUAUACAUCAUAGAGCUCAUACUGGAGAGAAGCCCUAUGAGUGUACUGAAUGCGGGAAAGCCUUCUGUGAGAAGUCCCACCUCAUUAUACAUAAAAGAAUUCACACCGGGGAGAAACCCUACAAAUGUGCUCAGUGUGAGGAAGCCUUCAGCAGAAAGACAGAACUCAUUACACACCAGUUAAUUCAUACUGGGGAGAAACCUUAUGAAUGUACUGCUUGUGGGAAGACCUUCUCCCGAAAGUCACAGCUCAUUAUACAUCAGAGAACACAUACUGGAGAAAAACCCUAUAAAUGCAAUGAAUGUGGAAAAGCCUUCUGUCAGAAAUCACAUCUCAUUGGACAUCAGAGGAUACACACAGGAGAAAAACCUUAUGUUUGUACUGAAUGUGGGAAAGCCUUCUCUCAAAAGUCUCACCUCCCAGGUCAUCAGAGGAUUCAUACAGGAGAGAAACCAUACAUAUGUGCUGAAUGUGGAAAGGCGUUUUCUCAGAAGUCAGAUCUUGUUUUACAUCGGAGAAUUCACACUGGGGAAAGACCCUAUCGAUGUGCUGUAUGUGGGAAAGCUUUCAUCCAGAAAUCACAACUCACUGUACAUCAGAGAAUUCAUAGCAGUGGUAAAAAUCAUAGUGAACUAAAAACACAGACAAGCUUUCAGUAUUAGCUCAAUGCUUAAUACGUAACAGGAACUUGAUUAAUUUGAUAACUUUGUUGAAGCAUCUUUAUAGAGAAAAUUUUACAAGAGAAUACAUAUCUGUAGUGUGGUGAUACCUAACUCAGCAGACAUGAUGGAAAAUAAUUACAUAAAUGAAGGCCAUUUUCACCAUAGCAUGUAGAGCUUUUAAAGUUAUGAAUUGAAUGGUUAGUAGAACAAAUUAUGUAUAUAGAAUGUUGUCAAAGUACAUAUUCCUUAUUAUGCCCCAUAACAAUAAACAUUGUGAAAUUGCUAAUAUUAACUUGGCAUCAUUUUGGUCAUAUACAUUAAUUGCCUAUAAAGGACAUGAAGAAUGCUUGAUUUAAAAAAAUCAAUUCCAAGAAACUGCAUUAACAAGGAAAGGCUUGGGAGUUCCCUAAUAAUAGGACUCAACAAUUUCACAGC